AUGCGCAGAAAUACAGUUCCACAAGAUGAAGUCCAAGCUAAAGAUGAUGGAAACCUACCACAUCUUCUCGCUGAAUUGGAUCUUCAUGAGAACUAUGAACCGGUAUCGCCCCCUUCAAUCAUCUACAGAUCCCCUAAACUUCCAUCCAAUGAUCAGAUGUCACGGCUCCUACAUUGGAGAGCCGAGCAGGGUGGCAUACUCAAUACUUUGCGGGAAGAAGUCUCAUGUUUCGUCAUCGGCUUCAACCUAAACGAUUUAUCACAUAUGAUAUCUUUCUGUCUUCCCGGUUGGAAAACAAACACUCUCCCUGGGUCGUUUGCCCAUCUUCUUUACUCCCUGUUUGGCCCAUUCGAAGAAGUGGCCAAGCUUCAGCAAUCCAUGAACAACAUCCCAGAAUAUUUCAACGAAUACAGACACCGAGCAAUGUUUGCAAACAGGAUUCGGAACAUCAAUCGCGAGCCAAAGGAUUUCAAGUGUGGUGCUACCUUCGCGCCUCAGCUCCCGCCUUCCUGGAACGGCGAAUGGUGCAGGGAGGACGACGAAUAUUUAUUCUCUCGCGAGCUGCGAAUGCUCAGGGACUUGAUGGGGCCUCUUCGUGAUACAUUCAAGCCAAUCUACUGGAUCACCGACCGAGUCGAGAGUGCUCUGGAAAUGGACAAUGGCUUCCAAGCCUCGAAGGAACUGAUUGUAGAUUUCAGGAAGGAUCUCUAUGAAACAUCCUGGAAUCGCCGCAAAAACUACACAAUCUAUGACCCCCGUCCCGUCUGGGAUCAACAGCAGAAGGAAACAAAGCAUCUCAGAGAAUACCGCCUACAAGCCUGCAAAGGAACAAUGUACUGGGAUCGCUGGCCUCCCGUCGAAGAGCAGUAUGACAAGGAAGCCCUGGCCGCAAAGGAAUUUAUCAUUGACAACGAUCAACAAGCCGCUCAAGACCUUGGAUUCUUACCACCAGAGAACCCUCAACCACCACAAGUCCUGGUCUCAACCAAACCGGGUAUCGAGCUCGCAUACAUCACCGACCUCGAGCAUUACGACGACCAAAUCAUGGUCAUCCUAGUGCGCAUCAGCCAAUGGCUCGCUCUUGCCCGCGGUUUCCCAGCAGUCCAUCUAUUCUGCGACAUCGUCCGGCUCUUCACCAUCUACGGCGUAGACGUGGCAAAUGCCGUGCAAGUGGAGUUCUGCAAACAUUUAACUGGCUUGCCGUCAUUCCCCUGGGACCCUGUCGAGUUGCCGCCACUGUUUCCCUUCCUUGAAAGCGAGCUUCAGACACACGAGCUCUGCCCUGAAGAAAUCCAGAGGCAGCGUGCGCGGAACUACUGGGCCGAGCAGCGGUUGAUGAUCUGUCGCUCGCUUUGGUGUCGGGAUGAUAACGCUAUUGCCUGGGACUACCCCCUGCAGACCCUUGUCUGGGAGGAGAGGGAGGAAGGUCGGGUCCUUGCACUUAGGUCUCCGCCUUUCCAGGAUCAUGCUAGACACAUCCCAUGGGGUUUGGUUGAUAUGAUGAAGGAGGGGUUGUGGAUUGGGGAGUAUGAGGAUGAUUGGCUGGCACAAUUCGUCGGGUUCAACAGUGAGUAA